GGCGAGUUAGGCAAAGGAGGUGGCAAUAUCCCUAAAAAGUCCCCAAUAACAGCACCACUACAUAUUCCCUAUCCACCCACCGGAAGAACCACAGCAGCGAUGAAAUACCAGCAUUCUGAUAAAGAGGCUGUUGCUGGCAUCCAGUCAAGCCUCAAAGGUGUUGACACAACAGCCCAAUUGCUUUGCGUUGCCUCUUUUUAAUAACUGUUUGCAGUCAGACGAAAUUACAGCACAGUUGAAUGUUUUUCUUCCACCGAGUGUUUGCAGAGCAUUCAAGGCCCUGGGCGACUUGGCUAUGGAAAAUAAAAGCUUUCGGCGUGGGAGUUUUCAGAGCAGCACCAGCGAUGAAGAACUGGUGGAGGUCACAGGGGGGACGCUGGACUUCUCCAUGGUGGACGAUGUGCCUCCUUUGGACAGAGAGGUGGGGGAAGGUUUCUCCUCAUGCAAUGGAGGUGGGAUGAAUGGUGCAAGCAAGAUGAUGGAUUUUCUGGAGGAUCCCGUCCCUGGCGUGGGGACCUAUGAAGACUUCAAUACCAUUGACUGGGUCCGCGAGAAGUCUCGUGACCGUGACAGGCACAGAGAGAUCACCAAUAAAAGCAAAGAGUCCACCUGGGCCCUGAUCCACAGCGUCAGCGACGCUUUCUCAGGAUGGCUGUUGAUGUUGCUCAUCGGGCUGUGUGCAGGGGGAUUAGCUGGCUUGAUCGACAUCUCUGCCCACUGGAUGACGGACCUGAAGGAAGGCGUCUGCCUGAAUGGCUUCUGGUAUAACCACGAACACUGCUGCUGGAACUCCACACACCCCACCUUCCAGGACAGGGACAAGUGCCCAGAGUGGAGGACGUGGGCGCAGCUUCUGACGGGCAAGGAAGAAGGGGGGGCGCUUGCUUACAUCCUCAGCUACUUCAUCUACGUCAUCUGGGCCCUGCUGUUCUCUCUGCUCGCCGUGCUGCUCGUUAGGGGCUUUGCUCCAUACGCUUGUGGCUCAGGGAUCCCAGAGAUCAAAACUAUCCUGAGCGGCUUCAUCAUUCGGGGCUACCUGGGCAAGUGGACUCUGCUCAUCAAAACCAUCACCCUUGUGCUUGCCGUUUCCUCCGGCCUGAGCUUGGGGAAAGAGGGGCCCCUGGUCCACGUCGCCUGCUGCUGUGGGAACAUCCUUUGCCACCUCUUCACCAAGUAUAGGAAGAACGAGGCCAAGCGCCGAGAGGUCUUAUCAGCAGCUGCAGCUGCAGGUGUGUCGGUGGCUUUUGGUGCCCCCAUUGGAGGCGUCCUGUUCAGUCUAGAAGAGGUCAGCUACUAUUUCCCCCUCAAAACACUCUGGCGCUCCUUCUUUGCUGCGCUUGUGGCAGCGUUUACUUUGCGCUCCAUCAACCCCUUUGGGAACAGCCGCCUUGUCCUCUUCUACGUGGAGUUCCACACACCAUGGCACCUGCUGGAGCUGGUGCCGUUUAUCCUGUUGGGGAUCUUUGGGGGGCUCUGGGGGGCUUUCUUCAUCCGCAGCAACAUCGCCUGGUGCAGGAGGCGCAAAACCACCAAGCUGGGCAGGUACCCCGUGGUGGAGGUGAUCGUGGUCACAGCCAUCACGGCCAUUUUGGCCUUCCCCAACGAGUACACCCGGGUGAGCACCAGCGAGCUGAUCUCGGAGCUCUUCAAUGACUGUGGCCUCCUGGACUCUUCCAAGCUCUGUGACUACAUCAACGAUUUCAACGACUUCAACACCACCAAAGUGGAUGACCUGCCCGACAGGCCCGCGGGCCCAGGGGUCCGCACAGCCAUGUGGCAGCUGGCUCUGGCCCUCAUCCUGAAAGUCUUCAUCACUAUAUUCACGUUUGGCAUGAAGGUGCCGUCGGGGCUAUUCAUCCCCAGCAUGGCCGUGGGGGCCAUUGCAGGCCGGCUGCUGGGGGUGGGGAUGGAGCAGCUGGCAUACUACCACCAUGACUGGGUCAUCUUCGGAGGCUGGUGCAGCCAAGGGGCGGACUGCAUCACUCCUGGCCUCUAUGCGAUGGUGGGGGCAGCUGCCUGCCUUGGAGGAGUGACGCGCAUGACGGUCUCCCUUGUGGUCAUCAUGUUUGAACUUACUGGGGGACUGGAAUAUAUUGUGCCUCUGAUGGCCGCGGCCAUGACUAGCAAGUGGGUGGCAGAUGCCAUUGGCCGUGAGGGCAUUUACGAGGCCCACAUCCGCCUGAACGGCUACCCAUUCCUGGAGGCCAAGGAGGAGUUCUCUCACAAGACCUUGGCCAUGGACGUCAUGAGGCCGCGGCGCUGCAACCUUCCCUUGACCGUCCUCACCCAGGACAGCAUGACGGUUGAGGAUGUAGAGGCCAUCAUCAACGAGACCACGUACAGUGGCUACCCGGUGGUGGUGUCGCGGGAGUCCCAGCGACUCGUCGGGUUUGUUCUCAGGCGAGACAUCAUCAUCUCCAUUGAAAAUGCCCGGAAGAAGCAAGAUGGGAUUGUGAGCAGCUCCGUUAUUUAUUUCACUGACCACUCCCCCCCGCUGCCUCCCAGUUCCCCGUCCAUGCUGAAGCUCCGAGGCAUCCUCGACCUCAGCCCUUUCACGGUGACAGACCAAACACCCAUGGAAAUUGUGGUGGACAUUUUCCGCAAACUUGGGCUGCGCCAGUGCCUGGUCACGCACAACGGGAAGCUACUGGGAAUCAUUACUAAAAAGGAUGUAUUAAAGCACAUUGCACAAAUGGCGAACCAGGAUCCAGACUCCAUAUUGUUCAAUUGAACACAGGAAUGGGCGUUGGGUAUAGCAUCCCCCGCCCCGGAUGAACUCAUAGAAUGGACUCCCAAAAUUUUGCUUCUCUUUUUACUGAGAAGAACCUGGAGCUGUCUUCAGAGUUUGCCUGUAUGGAGCUAAUGAUAAUCAUGUUUUAUUUUUUUCUACAAGAUAACCAAUUGCACUAUAUAAUCUGUGGAAAUUAAUCUUCUCUUUAGAAGAAAAAACUUUUAUUAUAUAAUUUUGAAGUUGCAUUGAAAGAGAAAUUCCAUGAAGGAGUAAAAGAAAUGUUAUAACUGGAUAAACCUGUUGCUUUAUUUUAAUGUAAUCAUUUUUCAGCACACUUGGUGGAGCCCUUCCUAAAGCUCUCUGGGUAAGAAGUGAUGAACCAGGUCAGCGAUUGCCUUGCCUGGCUCAGUCAUGAGUCUUGGCUACUCAGAAAGUUUUUAAAAAUUAAGAAUGUUGACCGAGACCCAAAACCUCCCCCGUUAAUCAGUCUUCCACGUAAUACAAUCUUGUCUUGUGUUUGGUGCUUGAUUAAUGUGAAACCUGUUCUGGGUUUAUUUUGAA